UGUGGAGACUUUUGGCUUUGGAUUUCAUUAUUUGAAGUCUAACUAGAGUUCAUCUACUUGUCUGUGUUGUCUGCAUGAUUACAUUUUACAAAUGAUCAUCUCUUUGACGGGUGCCUCUAUUGAUUUCUGCUUUAAUUCUAGGUUUUGGGCGUGGAUUGAUGCUUUCUUGUACAAAUUUCUCCUCUCCCCUGUUUCCAACUUGAAAGCUGUUUAAAAAUGGUUUUUAUCUUUUAUCGUCGGAUUAAGUUAGAUCGUCUAUUGAUCUUCUUUGGAGUAAGGCUUGAACAUAAGGUAGAAAGGCCAAAGAAAUGCACAUGAAUAAAUGCAAAUAUGAAUCACAAUUAAUGGUUCCCAAUAGCCGUGGAGUUAAAGCAUGUAUUUUCAUGGAAUUUCUGGAGCUCGGAUAGGGGGCAUCCAUGUCUAUUAAUCACGAAAAUAUGGAUCCCGUUAAACUUGAGGGCAAGUUUACUGCAAUGGUGGUAUGUUGGCUUCUCGGUAAUGGGUGCCUUUUCUCGUGGAACAGUAUGCUAACGAUAGGAGAUUACUACAGUGCCCUGUUCCCGAGAUAUCACCCGGCGAGGGUACUUACUCUUGUAUAUCAACCAUUUGCACUUGGAACACUGGCAGUAUUAGCAUACAAAGAGGCAACAUUGAAUACUAGGCGAAGGAACCUAUUCGGAUAUAUACUGUUUUUCAUUAGCUCUGCUUUGGUUCUAGUUGUGGAUUUAGCUUCAUCUGGGAAAGGAGGAAUUGGACCGUACAUUGGCAUAUGUGCCAUUAGCGGUGCCUUUGGAGUUGCAGAUGCUCAUGUUCAGGGCGGAAUGGUUGGCGAUCUUUCAUUCAUGCUCCCAGAAUUCAUUCAAUCUUUCCUUGCUGGUUUGGCUGCAUCCGGGGCUCUGACCUCCAGUUUGAGGCUAAUUACAAAAGCAGCAUUUGAGAGUUCUAGAGACGGCCUGCGCAAAGGAGCAAUUCUGUUUUUUGCUAUCUCUGCAUUUUUUGAACUGCUAUGCGUUCUUCUCUACGCAUUUGUGUUUCCAAAGCUACCGAUUGUAAAGUACUAUCGUUCAAAGGCCGCCUCAGAAGGAUCAAAAACCGUCUCAGCUGACCUUGUUGCCGGUGGCAUAUACAGCGAACCAGGGCAGCCUCAAGCCGAGGAAGACCCUAAACGAUUUGAGAGACUAAGCAACACUCAAUUGUUCCUACAAAACAUCGAUUAUGCACUUGACAUGUUUCUCAUAUACGCAUUGACACUGUCAAUUUUCCCCGGAUUCUUAUCUGAAGAUACCGGAGCUCAUAGCCUGGGUGGAUGGUAUGCACUUGUUCUUAUAGCGAUGUAUAACGUGUGGGAUCUCAUUGGGAGAUACAUACCGCUUGUAGAACUUUUUAAGUUGGAGUCCAGAAGAGGACUUACAGUAGCAAUUCUUUCGCGCUUCUUGCUCGUCCCGGCAUUCUACUUCACAGCAAAAUACGGGGACCAGGGCUGGAUGAUAAUGCUCACUUCCUUCCUGGGGCUAACCAACGGUUACCUCACCGUCUGUGUCCUUACUUCGGCUCCAAAAGGUUAUAAGGGACCAGAACAAAACGCCUUGGGGAAUAUACUUGUGUUGUUUCUUCUCGGUGGCAUAUUUGCCGGCGUUACACUCGACUGGCUGUGGCUCAUCGGCAAAGGGUGGUGAGCAUGGUCUCCGAAUUUUCUACGAGAAGUGGACUGCACUCCUGACAACUGGAGGAGCAGAAAGAAAGCGAUGUUUUACGACUUUUAUCAUUAAAGUUUUGUACAGUGAAAUUGUUUAGAUUCCUAGGUGUCAACAAUGUUAUGCCAGUCGAUAUUUCCUACGGUUGGAUUGCCUUUUUGACAAACUAGGCCCAAAUAAAUUCUCUCUUAUUUCAAAUUUGAAA